GUUGGGGAACUUUCUUGGGCACCCUUCCCCUUCUUGGGGUGCUAUGGAGUUCCCAGAACACAGUCAGCAGCUGCUUCAGAGCCUGCGGGAGCAACGGUCCCAGGGUUUCCUUUGUGACUGUACUGUGAUGGUUGGUAGCACCCAGUUCCUGGCCCAUCGGGCUGUGCUGGCUUCCUGCAGCCCAUUCUUUCAGCUUUUCUACAAGGAGCGAGAAUUGGACAAGAGGGAUCUGGUGUGUAUUCACAAUGAAAUUGUCACGGCCCCAGCCUUUGGGCUUCUUCUGGACUUCAUGUAUGCUGGUCAGUUGGCCCUUAGGGGAGAUACCCCUCUAGAAGAUGUGCUGGCCGCAGCCAGCUACUUGCACAUGAAUGACAUCGUUAAGGUGUGUAAACAGCGGUUGCAAGCCCGGGCUCUGGCGGAGGCAGACAGUACCAAGAAGGAAGAGGAAAGCAAUCCUGCUAGUAUGGAGUUUUUGUCAGGCAGUUCUCGUGGCCCCCAGCCUUUACUGGCAUCUGUUGAGCCGUCAGCCCGCUGGAGCAAAGAGGAAUGGAAGGGUUCAGCCACUCCCUUACCUAUUGCUCAUUCUGCAGAUGAGCCACCAGUGUCCGGUGGUGCUGACACUACACAACCAAGCAUGGAAGUCGACCCACCACAUCUGCGGGCACCUCCCCCACAAGUGGCUGAUGUCUCUGUCUCUCUUGCCAGCCCCAGUAGCUCUACAGAGACCAUUCCUGUAAACUACUUCUCUUCUGGCCUUCCAGCAGUUUCCGUGGAGCCCUUGACUCCUCUAGAUGUGGUUCCUGAGAGUCUGAGGGUGGUGGAACCAAGGGAUACUGGAGGACCAUUGCAAGGCUUCUAUACUCCAGCUCCAGCCCCACCCCCAGCUCCAGCCCCAGUUCUGUCCCAGGCUCCAGCCCCAGUUGAAGCUGAACUGGUGCAGGUGAAAGUAGAAGCUAUUGUGAUCUCUGAUGAGGAGACUGACUUGUCAGAGGAACAGCCUCAGGGACCUGAAGGGCUGUUCACAUCCGGAGGUGCAAUGUAUGGGGGACAGUCUUCGCAGCCAGACACUUUUGAGGAGCCAGGGGCAACAGGACUAGAGGAGGUGGGGCCAGGUGACCACUUCCUGCCUCCAGAAUCUCAUCUUCCAUACCAUCUGCUGCCUGGUCCUGGGCAGUAUCAUCGGGGACUGGUGACCUCACCCCUGCCUGCACCACCAGCCCUACAUGAGCCACUCUACCCUCCUUCUGAGUAUGAAGUAGCUCCAGGGAGCUUUGGGGGUUUUACAGAGGAUGUUCCCACCUGUAAGACAUGUGGAAAGACCUUCUCAUGUUCUUAUACAUUGCGGAGACAUGCCACAGUGCAUACACGAGAGCGACCCUAUGAAUGCCGCUAUUGCCUGCGCAGCUACACACAGUCAGGGGAUCUCUACCGCCACAUCCGCAAGGCUCAUAAUGAGGACCUGGCCAAACGCAGCAAACCAGACCCAGAGGCCAGCUCCAAUCUUGGGGCACAUCCCCUCUCUGGCUCCCAGACAACAGAGAGACAGAGCAGUGGUGGUGGAGUACCACCCAAAGAUUUUGUACUUGGUCCCAAAAAUUAACAUCUGGGGAGCAUGAACUGAUGCCAGGCCUGCGCUUACUACUGUUAGAUGGCUACAGGGGAAGUUGGAGGCAUCCCAUCAUUACUACAGGGUGGCAGAAUGAAGGUUCUUCCCAAGCUGAAGGUGUCUACCCAUCUCUUUGUCAAGCCAGAUAAGUAGGACAUGGAGCAAAGCAGGUCAGCCACAACACUCCAAGGCACUGGGGAUUUUCCUGAGGUGUAACUGCUUCUCAUCCCACAUUCUGGAACAUAAAACUAGCCGUGAAAUUAUCCCUUUGAACUGGUGUUGGCUGGUUCCUUCCACAGGUCCGAUGGGUUCAUGUCUGCCCUCUAGUUCUUUUAUGUGACAACUGCAUUGGGUAAGCAUGUGACUGCUUACGAGGCAAAAAGUGAAAUGCAGAGGGCAGCAUAGACUUAGCAGGAAAAGAGUACAAAUAGGGAAUCUUACACAUGGUUUACUAAACUUCUGUUCUGGGCUGUAUUGGGUAUUUCAUACACUCAUUUUUAAUUCCUGACAACUCUUUAGGCUCUUCCGCUUCAGAUACAAAGAAACUUGAGACUCAGGACUCAUUCAUUUGUUCAGGGUCAUUGAGCUGGUUAAGGAGAAAGCUAGGAUUUGAACUUGGCUUGUGACUCCAGAUAAAAUUCAUGAUAAAACCAUACAUUUUCAAAAUAAUGUUCAAGGCAAAUAGCCAACAACUAGAAGGUUUUUUCUUUCUUUUUUAUUUUUAUUUUUACUUAAAAAUUUCCACCUCCUCCCCUCCCCCUAUUUUGCUCCCCCUCCCUCCGUCCCCCUCCCCCCGGUUUUUUCUUUCUUUAUUUGAAGAUUUAUUUAUUUGCCAUGAGGUGGUAGCUUAUGCCUUUAAUCCCAGGACUGGGAAGCAGAGGCAGUUCUCUUAGUUCCAGGACAGCCAGGGCUGCACAGAGAAAUCCUGUUUCAAAACACAAAACAAAAUUUAUUUUAUGUGUACGGGCUUUUGGCUACAUGUAUGUCUUUGUACCACACAUGCAUGGCUGUUAUCUGCUGAGGCUACAAGAGGGCAUCAGAUCCUCUGGAACUAGCGUUAUGGACGGUUGUGAACCACAUGUGGGUGCUGGGGAUUGAACCUGGGUCCUCUUGAAGAAGAGCAGGUGAUCCAUCCUCCAGCUCCAGAAGUUGUUUUCUUAUUCUUUUGAGUGUGUGGCUUUGUUCCCUUACCUGUGUCCUCUGCAUUGGACCUAGAAAGAUCUUUGGUUGUGUGUUUUGACAAUAGACGUUGUAUUGAUAAACUUGAAAUUUUUUGCCUUUUUGUGAAUUUGAAUUGAGGUCUCUGAAGAUGAGAAACUGGUGAGAGAAAACUGUGUGCCCAUGGAGAGGGCUGUUUACGGGGGGCUGAGAACCUGAGGAAAUAUUGAAAUGACAGCUGCUUGGGAAAGCUAAGGCAGGAAACCCCAUGAGAAUUUUAUAGUCCUCUAAGCUUGGACCCUUACUUCCAAAUGUGGGACUGGGGACUGAUGGUUUACCUAGCCUGAGACCCUUGGGAUCUGAUCCCUAACACUCCGAAAAGAAGUAAAAUUGGAAUAACAGCAGUCUAAAAAGCUUAAAGCACUCACUAAAGUUAUAUAGGGAGUUACUGGCACUAGAGGUAGUAAAAAAUGAGAGUUUAAAGUGUUGAGAUGGGAUGUGGGGGAAGCUCACAAUGUAAACGAAGUAACUUUCCAGGCUGUGGAGAGUGGAGCUGUAGAGUGAACUAGCCAGGUGCCCUCCAAACACCCUCUCGUGGCACACAAGGACCUAAGCGCAAAUCAAACAGGAAGCAAAACUGAAAAAAGGCCAAAAUAAAAGCAGGCUUUCUUGACUUCUUUAGCCUCCUCUGGGGUCACACGCUGGGCUGUAAGUUGUCCAACUAAGCUACUGCUGGUUUUGAGAUAGGAGACUGAGCUAACAGUGAAGAUUUGGCCAAAGGAAGCUCCCUUGGUGAGGCAUCAUGGGAAGCAAGAGUUGAUUUUUUUUUUGUUUUGUUGCUGAGAAAAUUCUAAAGCUGAGUACAACUACAAUGGCAGCUCCCUAUAGUCCUAGCUACUCAGCAGUUGGAGGAAGCUAAUCUGAGAGAAAAAGGAAGACCCCAUCUUCCUCAUAAUGAAGAACUUGUAUACAUGUCACACUCCUUUUCCUCCCUCUUUGGAUCCUUCCUCCAUUCCUUUCUUCCUGCCUUCCAUUUUUGGAGACAGGGUCUCUUAUAGCCCUGUCUGGCCCUGAGCUUGCUAAGUAGCUGAGGAUGGCCUUGCCCUCCUUCCAGGUAUACGUGCCUCUAACCCAAAGGUCUGAUGUUUUAGGCAUAUACCACUAUGCCUACCUCUUUGGUCUUUUGAGACGGGGUCUUGCUAUGUACAACAGGCUAGCCUGAAAUUCUAGAUCUUCCGCCUUAGCCUUAUCAGUACUAGAUGUACAACCAGGUCCUGUAGCAGGACUAAUAAAAACCCAGAGACAGAAAUUGGGGUUCAACCUGAAGGUCAGAAAAGCAAAACAGCCAGCCACUGACUCUUAGCUCUACCUCAGUCUGAAAUGGCGAUCCUGCCUCUAGGAAUCUCAGAAUGGGACUGUGUCUGAGAGCUCUCUCCUCCCACCUUAUUCCUCUCUAGGGCUGGGAUUAAAGGCGUGCACUAUUACCACAGGUUUGGCAAACUAGUGUGGCUACUGGGAUUAAAGGUGUGUAUCACCACUUCCUCAUCUGUAAGGCUGACCAGUGGGGCUGUUUUACUCUCUGAUCUUCAGGCAAGCUUUAUUUAUUAAAAUACAAAUGAAAUAUCACUACAAGGUUCAGCUCACAUUCCUUAUAUUAGAAUAACUGUCUAUGUUCCAAUUUUAUUUAUGCUAAUGUGUUAUUGUCUUAAUUUCUCCAAGAAAGGGCAAAAUAUGAAUAAAAAUAGUAAAAGCCAUUCUAGAUGAGUGUAGCACCUUUUCCAGUCUUUCCUACUGUAAACAUCAAAGCCUGUGAGAAUCUUCAAAAGGGUGGAUUUUAUAGCUUUUGAUUUCUCAUUUAAAGAAGUAGGGGGAGCUGAAAAAAUAAGUUGCCUUAGAAUAUCAGUUCCUCAAAGUAAGGAAUAAAGCCCGUAUGGAACUGACACAGAUUCUCUAAACUGUGUGAGUAACAGUCACUCCUGGGCUAAUCAAGUCAGCCUUGCUCCAGCCAGUACUUAACUGACAAGUCAGUGGGCCGGGGUGUGAUUCAGUGGGAGAGUAUGUGCCCAGCAGGCGCAAGGCCCUGAGUUUCCACGCCUAGCCCACACAGAGAAGGAAAAAGAACUCAUGAGUAAGUAAAUUCACCUCCAUUUUUACAGACUAGUGUGGCACUAGUAGUUCUAGCUCAGGCAGAAGGCUCACGGGCUCAGCAGACGAGGCUAGCCUGGGCAACUUAAGAAUAACCAGUGUGUACAGAACAUAGCUGGUGUGCUGGCUCAUGCCUGUAAUCUUAGCCCCUGGGGGGCUGACCACAGGAGGACUGCCAUGAUGUCAAGGGCAGCAAAGGCUACAGAGACAUUAAAAUCAUUUUUGGACAGUGUUAGCCAAGAGCUCUCCCACAAAACUACACCCUUAACCCUCACAUAUUGACUAAACACUAAUACAGGUAAUGUGUAAAUAGAACUUGCAAAUCUACGGAGCUGGUAGGUCUCAAUGUGGGAAAUACUUGUCAAACUGCCUUCUGUGAUCUUCAAAUACAUCACAAAGCUUCUCUCUCCAGACCUUGUUGGAAAUGCUUACAGCCUCCUCCUCUCACAGAUUUCUGAACAGAUAUUUAGGGAUCCACUGUGGCUGACCAAGAUACAGGCUUGUCAGGCCUGUGUCAGGCUGCCUUCCUCUGUCUGUUGCUCUGUUUCCUAAAGUCGCUGUUAACUGCCAUAUACGUCUGGCUACCAUGUUAGUAUCACCUCUUAAAAGGCUAAGAAAAUGAUCAGCAAAAUAAAUUUCUAAGAUGUAUUUGUGAAUAUCAGUUUUAUUUUUCCUCAAAAUGUAGUAGACAGCUUCC